CCUCACAAUACAGAGAAGUAGAGAAGCUUCCUAAUACAACUCUAGAUGUCCCACAAUACAAUACCCCCAUCUUUACGCAACGUGAACGUGGAUAAUAUAAAUCGAGAUCUAGUAGGCUUUUGAGAUUAACGCUAAUUUAUAAACAGAAUCCCACUGAAUGUACUGCAUCUAAUUAUUUUGUAUUUUUGAGGGUACAAAACUAAAAUAGGAUGGUAUGAGUAAGCUCAGAGACCUAGCAGCAAUGUUUACAUAGCCUGGUCUCUGGUAAGCUUAUAUAUAUAUAACUGUUUAUUAUUUCAGCACCUGUUGCAAAUACACCAACAUUCUGAGUUUAGUAUUAAUAGGUUCAUGUGAGAAAACAUGAUAUAAAAAAGAGUUUAAAAAGAAACUGAGUGACCAUGACAAAUGAACUCAACAUUACUAAAUUAAAUACAAUUAAUUUGUUUAUUUCCGAAGUUUUUCUUCAUGGUGAAAACUCGAAAGUCGCGGCAAGUUUUUUAGAUGUGGUCGUCUCCGUCUCCGUGCAAUAUUUAAGUACACGAGGUCUGAUACUUUAGAUAUAAUCAGAACAGGAUUGUCAAAUUUGAGGGGGAAAAAAGCUUUGAAAUGAAAUAUUUCUAAUAAAUAAAAAUUUGUAUGAACGAAAAAAAAGACUUAAGGAUAAGUCAAUUUUGAAAAAAAAACAAUCAGAGCUUUCAUGCGCAGUUCCACUUCGGGAAACGACCUAAACAUACUAAACGCUGACGUCUGAUGAACCGAACUUCAACAUGGCGACUGCCGAGAGAGAAAUUUGUUCUCCGGCGGACCGGGAUAUCAAAAUAUUAAAAUGGAAAGUAAAGAAAGAUAGCAUGAUCUUCAAGGGCGCAGUUCUGGCAUUGUAUGAAGAAGAUGGUGAAGAAACGAAAACAGCACCGAAAAAGCUGAAGGCUGCAGGCACUGGAAUUGUGACGCGAAUUGUCGUGGAGGAGAAUUCUGUCGCCAAACCCGGAGACGUUGUGCUGAAGAUACAGAACCAGACGGACGCGAGCUGCAGCCACCCAACCAUCAUGAAGGACAUGUGUGCCGACUGCGGCGCCGACCUCAGAACGGAGACUGGCUUGGCUGGAGACAGGAAGAAAGCCGUGAGUGCCUCGGUGGCCAUGGUUCACAGCAUUCCUGAACUGAUCGUUAGCCAGGAGCAAGCCAUGGAGCUGGGCCGCGAGGACGAGCAACGUUUGUUGCGGCAGAAGAAGCUUGUGCUGCUGGUCGACCUUGACCAGACGCUCAUCCACACCACCAACGACAACAUCCCGCCCAACCUCAAGGACGUGAAACACUUCCGCCUGUGGCACGGGAAAAGCUUCAUGUGGUACCACACCCGCUUCCGGCCCUACACCAUGGAGUUCAUCGAGACCAUCUCCAAGAUGUACGAGCUACACAUCUGCACAUUCGGCGUGCGCAUGUACGCACACACAAUCGCACGGCUCCUGGAUCCAAAGGAGCAGUACUUCUCCCAUCGCAUUCUCUCCAGAGACGAGUGCUUCGACGCUUUAUCAAAGACUGCCAACCUUAAAGCCCUGUUCCCGUGUGGUGACAAAAUGGUGGGCAUCAUCGACGACCGAGAAGACGUGUGGAACUAUGCGCCCAAUCUGGUCCAUGUGAAGCCCUACCGUUUCUUCCAGGGCACGGCAGACAUCAACGCCCCGCCGGGCUUGACCAAGUCGGAGCACGACGGCGAGCCCAUAGACCACAAGGUCGUCGACCACUCAAAGACCGACGGCGCUGCGGGGCAGAAAGGAGACGAAUAUUCCAAAACAGCAGACAUCUCACAGGAGAUCUCAGACGGGCAGAAGUCAGACUCCGGGCCAGGGGAGGGGGUGGGGGCCGGUGGACAAACGGGACAGGUCAGCGGGACUGUUGCCGGGGGAGGCGACGAUAAAUGUGGGGACAAAACUGCUGAGAGUUUGGAGGAUUCUACGGGUGCUCAGAUUUCUAAAGAGGAUUCUUGUUGUGUUGCCUCGCAACGGACUCCAGGAGGUGAGUCUGACACGACUAAAGCUGUGUGUGCGGGUGUUGAAGGUGCUGCUUCAAGUGAUGGGGGCGCGGAGGAGACGGGGAGGGGGGUGGAGAGUAUGGAGGUAGCGAGUGAAUGUGUUGACGGCCAGCGGGACAGCAAAGAGGCGGUACAGAGCGCAGAGUCGAGCGAAAAGGCCGGAGAAAGUGUGGAGAACGUUUCCGUGGGGGAGAAGAAGGAAGUGGAGUGGGAGGACGAGGAUGACUAUCUGCUCCACCUACAGGAAGUGCUGCAGCGCGUGCACAAGGCCUACUACGAAAUGUACGAACAGUCGCUGCAGAACAGUUCCGCCGAGCUGCCGGACUUGAAGAACAUCAUUCCGUAUGUGAGGAAAAAGGUUCUGAAGGGAGCCAACGUUGUGUUCAGUGGCAUGUUCCCCCUCAACAUGGCCGCCGAGAAGAGCAAGGCAUACGUCGUGGCCAAGGCGCUAGGGGCCAACAUUCAGAGUGAUAUUGUGUUGAACAAAGCCAAGGGGGGUUCGGAUCCCGACGCCACCACUCACCUGGUGGCUGCCAAGGCUGGCACGGGGAAACACAAGAUGGCGCUCAAGGUCAAGGGUAUCAAGGUGGUGAGCGGGGACUGGCUGUGGAUGUGCAGCGAGCGCUGGGAGUGGGUCAGCGAGACGCUCUUCCCCCUGGGCAGCAAAGAUGAGAGCCCCGAGGCGGGGACUCCGAGAACGUCUAAGGGGAGGAGCAAGAAACGCAAGUCGGGGAGAGACGCGGGGGACGGGGGGGACGUCGCCGAUGAUGAAGCCGCGGCGGCAGACGACAAGAACGCUACAGCCUCGUCUGCUGCGGUGGGAAAACGUUUGAAAACGGAUUCCUCGACGAAACAGGCGGGUGGGAAAUCCGACGGACAGAAACCCUCUUCUUCUUCCUCCUCGGAUAGUGCGGGCUCUGAGGAGUCUGAGGCUUUCGCGAACAGUUACAAUCCGCUGUACUCGUUCUCUGACGAGGAUAUCGAGUUCAUGGACAAGGAAGUGGACGAGAUGCUGGACGAGGAGGGAGACAGCUCAGAGAGCGACACGGAGCGCGAGGAUCGCGUCAGGAAGGAAGUUCUGGGCAAAGAAAAGGAUUCCGACUCGGACUCUGACAGCUUGGCUGGGGAUUUCCCUCGCGGCUGGAAGCUCCGCAGGAAGUCUUUUUCUCCGCAACACAAAGAGGACGUGGAGGAAGUGGAGAAAAAGACAGACGUGGAGGACGAUGACGAAACGGAGAAUGAGCUCGAGAGGUACGAGAAAAACAUGGCUGCCUUCGCCCCUCCGGACUCCGACUCUGACUCGAAGGACAACGACUCAAUCGGCUCUGUGGACGAUGAAAUAGCCGACGCAGUGGAGAAAGAGUUCCUGAGCUCUUUAUAGUUUGACCUUGUUGAUGGGCCGCUCCAUGACUAAUGAAACUGCAAUGACAUACGUAAUGGGAAGGUGACAAACUUCUGAACAACAGAGAAUUCUAUGCAGUGAUAGCGAUAGAGCAAUUCUUUCCUUUUGUGUGUGUGGAAUAUCUGGCUCCGUCACUGUUGGGAAUGUUUUCAGCAAGGUUGUUAUCCCUGCUUUACGUGUGUUGUUACGUGUGUUGUUACGUGUGUUGUUACAUGUUUACGUGUGUUGUUGUAGUUUUGUUCGUCAUGGAAGGACCCUGAUGCUAUCACUGGCUAAAGCUGCACACACUCACACAAAAUGUUUUGUCAUCGUGUUACCAACAAGUCUCUGGCCUGACAUAAAGUACGACUGCGUUAUGUCGAUUGUUUUUCCAUUC